CCAAUUGAAUGACACAUGGCGUAAAGUGUUUCUCUGUGUGUCGGGAGAGACACGGUUUUGUCGUCAGUUUCCACCCUGUAAGCUGAGGUGUGAUAACAGGGAUAACACUCUGGAUAUAUAUACUCGGCUCAAAAAUGAGGAUUUCUGUAAUAUCGGUUCUUUUUGUCCUAUCACUGUUCACAUUCUCAGCCCUUGCCAGAAAAACGCCUAAAGUCACCAGGCGCAGCAAUGAAGCUGUGAUUGUAACCGAGACAUUUGGAGAAGAAGAUCCUUAUCGCGAGCUUCGAGACCUGGAGACAGUAUCGGAAGAGAGAUCAAAGCGAUCGUCAGGCGAUAAGUCCGAUGAUUCGGAAAGUGCUUCCAAAGAAGUGAAAAAAGACAAAAAGAAGAAGAAUUACAGCAAGGAAAAGGGUAGCAGUGAUAAUUCUGGCAGCGGUGAUAAAACCACCAAACCCGAGAAGAACGACGCGAAGAAGAAGGACAAGGGUAGCGGCAGCGGAGGAUCAGGCAGCGGUGAUAAAACCACCAAACCCGAGAAGAACGACGCGAAGAAGAAGGACAAGGGUAGCGGCAGCGGAGGAUCAGGCAGCGGUGAUAAAACCACCAAACCCGAGAAGAACGACGCGAAGGAGAAGGACAAGGGUGAUAAACCCAAGAAGAACGACGCGAAGGAGAAGGAAAAGGGUGAUAAACCCGAGAAGAAUUACGCGAAGAAGAAGGACAAGGGUAGCGGCAGCGGAGGAUCAGGCAGCGGUGAUAAACCCAUAAAUCCCGAAAAGAAUUACGCGAAGAAAAAGAACAAGGGUAGCGGCAGCGGGAGUGGUAAUGGCAAACCACUAAAACCCAAAAAGAACUACGGAAAGAAAAAGAACUACUCAAAGAAGAAGGACUACGGAAAGAAGAAGAACUACUCAAAGAAGAAGAAAAAUCCUAAAAAUAAGAAGUAUAAUAAGAAGAAGAACCGCAAGAACUCAAAAAUUGAUUGUGUAAAGUUCCCUUGCGAGAAUGGCGGUGAAUGUUGUCAGGGGCGAAAAUUCUCCAUGUGUCUCUGCCCGGCGGGUUUCAAAGGAAAGCGUUGUGAGGAAGAAAUUAAUGAAUGCGCCAGCAAUCCUUGUAGGAAGAAAGGAGCGACAUGUGUUGAUCAAGUCAACGGCUUCACCUGCCUGCUGCCCGACUCAAGCGAAACAUGCCCCGACAACGUUGGAGCGAACCCCUGCUCCUCCAACCCUUGCCGUAAUGGUGCAACGUGCUCCUCCAAUAAAGGACAGUACAAAUGCAAAUGUCCUCCUGGAUACGGAGGGAGGGACUGUUCUGUUGACAUCGAUGAUUGUGCUUCCUUUCCAUGUCACUUUGGCGCCACUUGUGUUGACAAGGUGAAUGGGUACCAGUGCCAGUGUGCUCCAGGAUACACGGGGAAGGACUGCGACCACAGAACUGACCAGUGUGUCCCAGACUUGUGUGAAAAUGGUGGAACGUGUAUUGUCACCGCAAAUUCAAGCUCCUGGGAAUGCGCUUGCCCGCCUGGGUUUACAGGAGAUCUCUGUGAGGAUGUUACGAAUGACUGCUCAAGCAACCCAUGUUUACACGAUGGCAUUUGCUGUGAGGGGCCUGGCGGUAUCAUGUGUCAGUGCAUCAAUGGAUGGAGCGGCAAGUUUUGCGACAAAAUGGAUCCAGACAUGGUGGUUUCUGAUGGAGAAAUGUCAUUCGAGGAAGAUGGUGACGAGGAUCCUGAUAGCCCGACAUUCAGCAGGCGACCACACUUGGGCUGUGACGUGUGCGGCAUUGAGGUGGGCCGAGGAUACGACCUGGCAAAUAGGAGGCCUGUGGACGUCAUGAGGGACAUGAAGGAUAUCGGUCUUGAUUACAAGGACGCCAUGCGACUCUCGAGAGCUUCUGGUAUGAGGGGAAAGAAGGCGAAGUAUUUCAUCAAGAAACAGGAGCUAGACAAGAUAGUGAUCACCCGUGCACAGCAGAAGAAAUUGUUCUUGCGCGACUACCCCCGCCGAUGCAAGUACGCCAAGAGGAUGAUCGAGAAGUACUCCCAACGCACCCUUCGCUUCGAGAAGAUGGACAAGUUUGCGCGCGAGCUUGCCGAAGAUGUGGUCACUCAUGGUGAGUUCAACAUGGACGACGAGGAUGAAGAGAAGAGGAAAUGCAGCAAACGCAUGCAGGAUGCUUUUGACAAAAACUCCAUGCAGGCAGUGAAGGAUCUCAUCAUGGAUUCUGACUUCUGGCUGAAGAAGGUCAGGAUCUCCAAGAAGCGUUACGAAAUACGGCGAAACUCGUGCCUCAAGGCGUGCAAGAAAAGCCGAAAUUGCUCUUAGAUAACCCUCUAGUCACGACAUAAACCGAAAAAAGCAGCUUGCCAAACUUAAAACAAAUGCAAGUAAAGGUUAAGGUAACGGCACAUGACAACAGAACCCAUAACAAAUCACAUUUUCAUUCAUUCCUUUCAUUCCUGCUUUAUUCCUUUUAUUCCCUAGCACUAGCACUAACCCUAACCUCACAUUUUCAUUUCCUUCCACUUUUAUUUAAUCCUCUUCCCCCGCACAAUAACGCUAUUUAAAUCCCUCACAAUCACGUAGUCCAAGUCACGUUUUUUAAAUCACGCUCAAUUUAUGCAGUUCUAGUCACGCCUAGUUAUUUUAAUUUCACAGCCUUAUCUCACAACCCUAACUUUUAUCAUUAUUAAUUUAUCAUUUUGUUUCAAAUUUUUUAAUCUUUUCACAAUAUAUUUUUUCACUUGAUUUUGCAUCGAAACCGUAAAAUUAUUUAUUCAACUAAUUUCACUCAAAUCCCUGACAUAGCUUGGGUUUUUCACAUCUCCUCCAUGCACAUUUUUUUCUUUUCUUCUUUAUGAUAUUCAAUUUCAUCUGACAUUUAUUUUCACUGAUUUUGUUCAGUUUUUUUCCGUUGUUUGAUUGACCCCGUGAGCUAUAUUUAAUAUUCCCGCUAAGCAUGUAAUGAUGUAAACAAUUUACGACAACUAGUCUAAAGUGCACAUUUUUAUUUUUCACAAAAGUUCACGUUUUGUUAUUUUACACCUUGUUCUUUACUUGCUAUUGUUUUAUGAUGUUGUAACUAAUCAAUGCCACACCGAUAAGCUUAUGAUUGCUGCUGUAGAUUUUGUUGCACGUUUAGAUUUAGAUUGCAGUCACGUGCCGCCUAUGUGUAUUAAAGGUAUAAUGGAUAAAUAAUAAAAUAUGGAUGUGUCAA